GAGACUUCACUUAAAGUAAAUUAGCCCUAAAAAAAAGACAAAUUUUAACAUUAGUUGAGACUUUGAAUUGGGUGAAAUUUGGAAGGUCCCAGUUCCUAAACCCUCUAUUGUGUGAUGCUCUCUAUCCUGCUUAAACCUCUGCACUUCACAUUUCCCCGUCGCUCUGCCACCGCCACCGCCACCGCUGCCGCCGCCGCCGCUGUUAGGGGCAUGAGCUCUUCCCUCGACUCCGGGGGCUUGACCCAGCGAAUGUUUCAGCUCAAGGUCGACCCUCUCACUGGAAGAUCAGAAUGGGUCGUUAUUGAAGAAGAGGAAGAAGAUAUUGGGAACCAAACUACUCCAAAAGCCCUUCUUGCUGCUACGUCGUAUCUUGACAUGCUUAAUGAUUCCCGCCGCAACAGAGCCUUCCGUCAGGCCAUUGACAAGACCGUCACUGGACCCUGCCAUGUUCUUGAUAUUGGUGCAGGAACAGGAUUGCUGUCAAUGAUGGCAGCUCAGGCCAUGGGCCUUUCUGAUUCAAAGGGGAGCUCCGGUUUAAAUGGGAUGGUGACAGCUUGCGAGUCAUACCUUCCCAUGGUAAAAUUAAUGAAGAAGGUUCUCCGGGCCAAUGGCAUGGAUGGAAAAAUACGCAUCAUAAACAAGAGGUCAGAUGAGCUGGACAUCGGAGUCGAUAUCCCUUCACGUGCUGAUGUUCUUGUUAGUGAGAUCCUAGACUCGGAGUUAUUAGGUGAAGGGCUAAUUCCAACUCUACAGCAUGCACAUGACAAACUAUUAAUAGAAUAUCCCCAAACAGUACCUUACCGUGCAACAAUUUAUGGUCAGCUGGUUGAAUGCCCAUAUCUAUGGGAGAUGCAUGAUCUAGUUAAUAGAGAGGCAGCAGUAUCAGAUGGCAUUCGUCUUGUUCCAAAUGGGAUGUUUGACCUUUUAGGCAUCAAAAGACAACAAUACGCAAUGCAUUGUAAUUCAAUGAAAGAAGGAAUCAAACUGCUAUCAGAGCCCUUCAAAGUUUUUGAUUUUGACUUCUGGAGAAGGCCGGACAGUUCUCGUGAAACUGAGCUGCAAAUAAAGGCUACCAAUGAUGGUACUGUUCAUGCUAUCAUCUCAUGGUGGUUGCUUCAGCUUGACAGUGAAGGAACAAUCUUCUACUCUACAGGGCCAGAUUGGGUACACUGCCCUUCUGAUUUGAAAGAGUUAAAUUCAUCCUUCCCAAGCUCUGGGAAUUGGUGUGACCAUUGGAAACAAAGUGUUUGGUUCACCUCAAGCUCAGGUCUCCACGUGUUUAAAGAUGAAGAGGUUUUGUUACAUGCUGUUCAUACUGAAACGAGCAUCUCAUAUCAAUUCGAGACUUCACAAGACAAGAAAAGUGUCACACUGCAUGAUUUCUGUAUUCCGGAUUGUCAGAUUGUUCUGCCACCAGAAAGAAUUGCUUUAUAUGGAGAUAACUGUUGGAGAUGUUUAAUGCUUAAUGCCCUCCGGAAAGCUUUGCGUCAGAGUGUACAUCAGUUGUGUUUAGUUGCAGAUGAUAGCAUUUUCUUGGCAAUUGCUGUUGCUCAUCUUUGUAAGAGUUCACAUGUGAUUCCCUUGUUUCCUGGACUUGGGAAUAAGGGUUCAGAAUAUCUGCAAAGAGUUGCUGCAGCCAAUAACUAUACCAUGGAUCGCAUAGAAAUUCUAAAGAAGAAGGACCUGCAAUCUACUCUACAAGAUUCAAAUCAGAGAAAGAUUAGCUUGUUUGUCGCGGAGCCAUUUUACUAUGGAAAUGAUAGCGUGCUUCCCUGGCAAAAUCUGCGAUUUUGGAAGGACAGAACUUUGCUCGAUUCUGUUCUUUCAAAAGAUGUGCUAAUAAUGCCUUGCAGAGGUUUGUUGAGGGUUUGUGCAAUGUACCUCCCUGACCUCUGGCGAAGCCGUUGUUGCCUGAAAGAAGUUGAAGGAUUUGAUCAUUCAGCUGUCAACAUGACAUUAGGAGGAUGUGGAGGUUUACCCAAUACAGAAGAAGGUCCUUUUCUGCCUUUCUUUAUUUGGCAGUGUGGAGACACCAAGGUACUAAGUGAAACGACAACUAUCUUGGAGUUUGAUUUCUCAAAGCUGAUGAGCCCAUGUUCUGGGAAAACUCAGGUUCGAUUUAGAGAAUCCGGGAUGUGCCAUGGAUUUGUGCUUUGGAUUGAUUGGGUGCUGGAUGCAGAGGAUAAUACUGUCUUGUCAACGGGACCAGAUAAACGACACUGGAAGCAAGCUGUAAAGCUUCUAAAUGAGCCUGUAGAGGUUGGAGACGCCCAUUUCCCUUCAACAGAAAUUGAAGCAUGCUUUGAUCCAUCCAACGGUGAGCUCACUCUAAAACAUGCCUUCGUCGCAAAUCAAAGAUAGCUUGUGAUACCUGCUUCUUUCAAGAGUCUUAAACUGCUUUUUUCUGUACCAUUUCCCAUAUUUAGAUUUAGUUUGUAGGUUCCCGAAGUACUCAAUAAACAGCUUCAAACAUGAUUACGGCCUGUCCUUCUAUGAAUGGUCUAUUUUCUACUUUGUCCCUUAACCAUGAAAUAUUGCGAAGCAAGUCUUGAUUUGUGGGUCAUUCGUUCGUGUAUUUCCAGAUAAAGCUUUUGUUGCCAGGAACUAAUCAAUUAGUUGAAUUGACAUCAUUUCUCCUCAAGAGGCCAUAGGUUCCAAUCUAGUAGGUUUCUUCAACCCCACUGUUGUAUGUCAAAAGAAGAUAAAGCUACUGCGAGAGAGAACUCGAAAUUGCCUUUUGGUGAAAUUGUAUGUCUUUUCGACUUACAAUUCAACGUAAUCCCCGUUAGCCCGAAAUUCAGUGGGUGUU